AAGGUGCUGAGUGGAGACAGUGCUGUGAGGGCCUUCCAGAGCACCACAGCAGCGUGCGCGCCCGUAUCACAUUAUCGGACUGUGAAAAGUGUGGAUUCCAGCGAAGAGAGCGCUUCUGAUUCAGAUGAUGAUAGUUCGCUUUGGAAACGCAAGCGACAGAAAUGUUUCAACCCUCCUCCCAAACCAGAGCCCUUCCAGUUUGGCCAGAGCAGUCAGAAGGCACCUGCUGCUGGAGGAAAGAAGAUCAACAACAUCUGGGGUGCCGUUCUGCAGGAGCAGAAUCAAGACGCAGUGGCCACGGAACUGGGUAUCUUGGGAAUGGAGGGCACGAUUGACAAAAGCAGGCAGUCCGAGACCUACAACUAUCUGCUUGCUAAGAAACUCAGGCGGGAAGCUCAAGAGCAUUCCAAGGAGUUAGAUAAAGAGCUAGAUGACUAUAUGCAGGGUGACAAAAAACCGGGAUCAAAGGAAGAGGAAAAUGGGCAAGGUCAUCUCAAACGGAAACGACCUGUCAAAGACAGACUAGGGGACAGACUGGAAAUGAACUACAAAGGCCGCUAUGAGAUCACAGAGGAAGAUUCACAAGAAAAAGUAGCUGAUGAAAUUUCUUUCAGGUUACAAGAACCAAAGAAAGACCUAAUAGCUCGAGUAGUGAGGAUUAUUGGAAACAAAAAGGCAAUUGAACUUCUGAUGGAAACUGCUGAAGUUGAACAAAAUGGAGGCCUUUUUAUAAUGAAUGGUAGUCGAAGAAGAACACCAGGUGGGGUUUUUCUGAAUCUCUUGAAAAACACUCCUAGUAUCAGCGAGGAACAAAUUAAGGACAUUUUCUACGUUGAAAAUCAAAAGGAAUAUGAAAAUAAAAAAGCUGCUAGGAAGAGGAGAACACAGGUGUUGGGGAAAAAGAUGAAACAAGCUAUUAAAAGUCUCAAUUUUCAAGAAGAGGAUGAUACGUCACGAGAAACUUUUGCAAGUGACACAAAUGAGGCCCUGGCCUCUCUUGACGAGUCACAGGAAGGACAUGGGGAAACCAAGCUGGAUGCAGAGGAAGCCAUUGAGGUGGAUCAUUCGCACGAUUUGGACAUCUUUUAAGUACGCUUUGGACAUUUCGAGGAAUAGCCCUUUCUAAGAUAACAGAAUAAAUGAUUUCUACUGAGAUCGUCACAUUUUACUUUGCACUGAUAAACAUGAUACCUGGAGAAGUGAACUGUUUUGUUUGAAAUAAAAAUUAAUAUAUGUGGAGAGGCAAAUGCAACUGUUAGAAAAACUUAAAAAGUGUGUCUGACAAAAUACUUAAAAGUAUAUAGCACAGGAUUUAAUUUGAGAUCUCAAUCUGUUGCAUGUACUAAUAUGAGCAUUACUAGUUGAUAAUUAUUUUGUCCAGGUAAUUAUAACAUGUCCUUUAAAAGUUUGUUUUCUUGAGCCAGCCCCAUAGUCUAGUGGUUAAGGGAAGCUGGGUCCCACCUGGCUGGCUGCCCCAGCAGCCUGAAGAACGUGCUGGGCACGUGUGUGCACAUGUGUCCAAAAUUCCGACAGGACGGAGAGAUGGAGAAGAGAUGGCAGGUGGCCACGCCCCGUUAGGGAGCGUUUCCUUCUCUCUCUCUCUCUCUCUCUCUCUCUGCAUUUUAUCUGUAUAAGCAUACUCUGGCAAUUAAAAAAAAAGAUGAAAGUUUUUCUGAUUUAUCUUUGUGGUGAAUUAUGCUUUGGUUUCAGAACAUUCCGUCAAGUGAUCCUAAGGGGACAUAGCAAUUGUUAAACUAUUACCAGUGCAUUCAAAUUUGGUUUUUCUGUAUUCUAAGAACUCCUAGGCAAUUUUAAGGAUAGAGACCAAAAUUAAAAUGGGUUUGUACGGGUGGCUUUUUCCACUUACUUGUUCCGAAGUAAAUAAAUGUCAGAACCUUUUCAAAUACA